AUGGCUGCGCGCGCUUCCCAGACGGUCAUCAAGACGUGGUUCUCCGACCCGGCUACGUACCCGAUCAUUGGCAUCAUCACGUUCGCCAUGUCCAUGUCGACCUUUGCCGGCAUCCGGUACCUCUCCAACAGCCCCGACGUCACCUUCUCCAAGGAGAAGCGCGGCGCGAUCUUCCACCGCGACGAGCAGGACGGUGCCGCGUUCCGCUCGCACCGCGUCACGGUCGCGACUCUGAAGCUCAACCCGAUCACGCGCGAAGAAGCGUACGCCGAGUUCAAGCAGCGCCAGGCGAACCCUUUUAUAACUUUGUAA